CAGACGAAUAUUUCUCUCAUAUAGCUACCAGAUCUAGCUCUCCAAAAUAGACUAAUUGCUCCAAACAGUUCAAGCGUAAACGCUGUAAAACUGUGUUGACACCAGUUGGUGUUAAUAGAGGACCACACCCAACGAGGUUUGAUUUCAGUAUAUAGAUAGCUGAACUCCAAUACUUGUCAAUUGCAGUUUUGCCCUGUCUUCUUCAAUACUUGUCAAUUCAAGGGACGUCAUGUCGACUUUUGAAGAUCACACCGUUUCUUCAAGUAACCCUGAUCAUAGAAGGGAUGGCAAUGUCUUGUCAUCAAUGGGUGAAAACAGUGAGAUGGACAGAAGCGAAUUCUCAUCAGGCGAGGACCGAAGCACGAGGGAUGCGGAUACUGAUGGGCACCAACAUGGCGAUGACCCUGGUGAUGUUCCUACGCCUAAGGCCUGGCAGGAGUCCUACACUUGCAUUGUCCUAGUCUGUCUUUUUAUAGCCAUAGGACUCCUAGUAAUGUGCAUCCCAAUAUUACCAAGUCGAAUCAAUUCUGAUUACGCGUUCAUCUCCGAGUUGAUCGUUAUUAGGAACUUUGUACUGAUUAUUGUUAUAGUGUCAACCUUUGCUGUGAUGGUGUGGUUGAGUCUUAGAGUAGUGCAACUGCAUAAUAAAGGUUUGGUCCUCUGGCCUCGCCAAUGCAAACACUGUGCUUUUGCACUGAUCCAGAUUAAACUUCUCGAAAAGGCUCUAGAAAAACGGCAGACCUUUAAGCUGGACAAGAUGAAAAAAAUACAACGAGAAAAUGGGGAAGUGCCAACAGUAAGCAACGUCACGCAAAAUAUAGUUUACAUAUUUUCAGGCCUAGCAUUCUUAUAUAUAUUCACGGAAUUAGUGAAUGUAUAUUUAUGUUUUGAUAAAUAUUCAAUGAACAGCCCCGCUAAUGCCACAAACACUGAACUUAUUAGUGUAUUUGUCAGCUAUUCGUGCAUCUUUGCAGUUGUCUACUGCUUAAGUUUCCACCUAAUUCCUAACUAUUGUGACGCUUUCAUUAUUGCAGUGCCACGGAUGCGUUGGACCUCUCUUUUGUUGAUUGAAAUGGGAAUAUGGAUAUGUAUACAAAGAUUGGUCGCGCCGUUCACCUUCGAUUUCGAAGAUUCCUCUGAUAAGCAGCGCGCAGUAUAUCUAUGUUUGAGGAACGACUCUGCAGGAGAAUUUGUGACUGGCGUUUUGUCCAUCUUUCAACCAUUUACGAUAGAACUUCCCAUCAUGAUUACUUGGUUGUUCAUUGAAAUGAGAUCACAAUUCCUUCCACAACAAGCCUAUGACAUCAUGAAAACCUUCCAUACAGAAAACGGUAUUUCUAUCAUUGGUCAUGACUUAGUUCGCCGAUCGAAUUGGAGCAGUCUUCGAAGGAUCCUCUAUAAUUCUUCAGCAGUCCGUAGGAAGAUAUCGAACCCGAAUGAAUCUGACGUACGUCGGUUCCGAAGUUCUCAAUCAAAUGGAGGGAUCAGUUAUGAAAGCAUCGAAAUGCGGUCAUUUGGGGCUCAUGAGGACUCACUUGGUUGCCGAUGUCCUGAAUGCGUAAACUUAUCACGAAACUCAAAGACAAGUAACAGGGUGUCAGCAGGAGCUCUAUCUAAUAACAUAGAAAAGAUAGUAGCAGUAACAUUAUUGAUAUGUGUUGUGUACCUUGGGUUGAGUAACCUUGUUCUAGCGGGAAACUACCCAAAGCUUCGUGGUCGCUACCUUCAAUGGUUUUUGAGGAUGACAUUCUUCACACCCAUGAUUAUAAUUAUUGUCUGGCAUAGAAACUUAAUCCGAGGGGAUGAUGGAAGCCAUGUGGCCAGGGUAGAGGGCGUCAUAUCUCAGGAAAAUAACAUAAUGUUACUCAUCACAGUGACUGGAGCCUUCCUGUUUGAAACGAUCUGUUUUAUUUCUUCUGUUGGUAACCUUUGUACAGUGAUAGGAUUAUCUGAAGAUGAAAUUGCGAUGAACAUUGUCAGCGUUUUUGCCAGCUUGUUUGGCGUUUGCCGAAAAUACUACCAAUCUAUUUUUCUUCUCUGCGUACAGCGCCUCCAACCAAGAGAUGAUCGCGAGAAAAAGUGGACCUUACUUUGUUUAAUCGUUGUUGGAAUGACCAACGUAACUCAAUGGAUGUAUGACAGUCUGGUUCACGAAGUAGGGUCGUCUGUAGCAUGGCCGUCUUUAAGUAUGUUUUUUGAUGGCAAGAUCGGAGCGGUCAUCGGGAUGCUAUGUGUUCCUUUCCUUCAUUUGUACGAGCUUCAUGCGGCAACCAUUGCAUAUGAAAUGUAUAAGGUUAUUUGGAGGCUGUAGAAAUCAUUGAAGGAAUCUCAUAAAGGCACAGAUGAAUA